AUGGUGGGAUUCAGUAUGAUUGUUAGAAGGCAGAUGGCCAGACCGUCUAUGCGUUCGUUUAUGACCAGCAGUAUAUGGAACCAAAAGUCUGAGACAAAUGUUAACUUCAAAUCGCCUGAAGAAUAUAUUGAACAACAGAAGAUUAAUCGUAUAGAAGAACAACAAUAUAGACAAACAUUAUUAGGAGAAAAAUUCGAAUAUAAUCCAAAGUAUUUAAGUGAAACCAAAACAGAUGCAAUUCUGGGAAGACCUAUUCCAAUAAAUGUUGAAUUAUUAAAGUAUAAACCUCUCAGAUUAGAACCAACUGAAGGUAAUGAAAUUGCUACUAUUAAAUUACAAGGGUAUGAUGAAAAUUCAUUAAUUAGAGCAGGAGAAUUUGCAUUAAGAGCUGCCUUUUAUUUAGGUAUACCUACAUCUCCAUUAAAUACUUUAAAAACUGAAAAGAGAUUGUAUACUGUUAUUAAAUCACCCUUUGCUCAAGCAAAGACUAAACAAAAUUUCCAUAGAACUACAUUCAAAAAAUCAUUAAUAGCAUAUGAUGCUGAUCCUGAAGUUAUAGAUUUAUGGUUAUCAUACAUAAACAAAUAUAAAAUAGAAGGUGUACAAUAUGCUGCCUCUAUUACUACCACUGAAACAUUGGAAUUUAGUAAACAAUUGGAAAACUUGAAGGAAAUUGAAUUCCCACAAGCCUAUGAUGAAAUGAAUGAUCCAAUCGCCAAUAAGGUGAAGGACUUAUUGAAAUCUGAUACAUUUAAGAAAUACCUUAAUGAAAGUAAAUAG